UCUUUGUGUCCUUAUCCCAAGCCCUCCUCUCCUCAUCCCACUCACUUUACAGCAGAACUCCUGCGGACCUGCACCUUCUCUCCCAACUUGCUCCGAGCAGCAGAAUGCAGGCAGGAUCCUCUCUCUGCACCAUUCCCCAGCGGAUGGGUUCCAGCCAAGAGAAGUGUGGAGGAUGUGGUCCUGGCUUUGCUUCACCGCUGGAUGCGAUGAAAGGUCCUCGGGAAGAGAUUAUCUACGUGCCCUGCAUCUACAGGAACACCGGGAGGAACAAACCUGACUUCCUGGCCACUGUGGAUGUUGACCCCAAAUCUCCGCACUACUGCCAGGUGAUCCACCGCCUGCCCAUGCCCAAUGUUGGGGAUGAGCUGCACCACUCGGGCUGGAACACCUGCAGCAGCUGCUUUGGAGAUGCCUCCAAGAAGCGCAACCGCCUGGUCCUCCCCAGCUUGAUCUCCGCCCGCAUCUACGUGGUGGAUGUGGGAACUGACCCACGAGCACCCAGACUUUUCAAGGUCAUCAACCCAGAAGACGUCUUCUGGAAGUGCGACCUAGGCUUCCCCCACACGUCCCACUGCCUGGGCAGCGGUGAAGUCAUGAUCAGCACCCUGGGAGACCCGGCCGGCAGCGGGAAAGGUGGUUUCAUCCUGCUGGAUGCGGAGACAUUUGAGAUCAAGGGGACCUGGGAGAAAGGAGACAAGGUCCCCCCAAUGGGCUAUGACUUCUGGUACCAGCCACGCCAUAAUGUCCUGAUCAGUACAGAAUGGGGAAUCCCACGGUGCCUGGGGUACGGGUUUGACCCCAAGGAUCUGAAGAAAGGGCGUUACGGCAGCCACCUCAACGUGUGGGACUGGACCACCCACACCUACAUCCAGGCCAUCGACGUGGGUGAGGACUCAGCCCCCCUGGAGAUCCGCUUCCUCCAUAACCCCGAUGCCGCCGAGGGCUUCGUGGGCUGCACCAUCAGCAGCGCCAUCCACCGCUUCUACAAGACCCAGCAAGGUGACUGGGCGGCUGAAAAGGUGAUCCAGGUUCCCAGCAAGAAGGUGGAGGGAUGGCUCCUCCCGGAGAUGCCAGGCUUCAUCACGGACAUCCUCAUCUCACUGGACGACCGGUUCCUCUACUUCAGCAACUGGUUGCAUGGAGACAUCCGCCAGUACGACAUCUCCAACACCCGCAAGCCCAAGCUGGUGGGGCAGGUCUUUGUGGGCGGCAGCAUCUCCAAGGGUGGCCCUGUCACCGUCUGCAGAGAUGAGGAGCUGCAGAGCCAGCCGGAGCCGUUCUCCAUCAAGGGGAAGAGGGUUCCAGGAGGACCUCAGAUGAUCCAGCUCAGCUUGGAUGGGAAGCGGCUCUACGUCACCACCUCGCUCUACAGCGCCUGGGAUCGGCAGUUCUAUCCUGACCUCAUCAGGGAAGGCUCCGUCAUGCUGCAGCUGGAUGUGGACACGGAGCGGGGUGGCCUGACUGUCAACGAGUGCUUUCUGGUGGAUUUUGGGAAGGAGCCAGACGGGCCCUGCCUGGCACAUGAGAUGCGGUACCCGGGUGGAGACUGCACCUCCGACAUCUGGGUUUAGGUCCUUCAGCCGCUCUGUGUCCCAGCAUUCCAGCACCCCAACAUCCCAACACCCCAACAUCCCAGUGCUUAGAAAUCCUACCACCCCAGCACCCUAACAUCCCAGCACCCUAACAUCCCAGCACCCAAAAGUCCUACCUCCCCAACAUCCCAGCUCCCCAGCACCCCAAUGCCCAAAAAUCCCAGCACCCAAAAAAUCCCAGUGCCCCAACCUCCCAGCAUCCCAGCACCCUAACAACAUCCCAGCACUCCUGCACCCCAACGCCCAAAAAUCCCAGCACCCAAAAAAUCCCACUGCCCCAAUCUCCCAGCACUCCAGCAUCCCAGUGCCCAAACAUCCCAGCGCCCCAAUACCCCAGCAUGCAAAAAUCCUACCACCCCAGUAUCCCAGUGCACCAACACCCCAGCAUCCCAGCACCCCAACACCCCAGAGCUCCGACCUCCCACUGCCCCAGCAUCCCGUUGUCCCAGCAUCCCAGCACUCCAACCUCCCAGUGCUCCAACACCCCAGUGCCCCAUCAUCCCAACGCUUCAACGUGCCAGCACCCCAGCAUCCCAGCACCCCAAAAUCCCAGUGCCUACAAAUCCCAGCAUCCCAACAUCCCAGUACCUCCAGUGAGCCACUGAUGAUCCGUGCAUCCCACGUGUGCUGGAAUAAAUAGGAGAGGCUGUCUCCCACUGCAGCUCCUGCGUCUCAAAU